AUGUUCGCCCGAUCCCCAAGCUCAAGGGACACCAAUUCCCUCCUCCCCCUCCAACACGACCAAGAACGCACCACCCCCUUCGACCUCGAAGAUCUCUCUCCCCGUCCAAGUCAAGCCGUCUCUCCCUCCCCUCCUCCCUCCUUCUACCGCGCAAAGAACUCGGCAAAUAACAACCUCAAUACCGACGGCGCAUCACCCUACCACGACGACGACGAAGAUGGACGACCCUUCCAGUUCUCUCCCUCCCCCGAACGUACGCAAAAGCGAAGAAUACAAUUUGCAGCCCCACCACCACCUAUCACAUCCAGCGUCCUCUUCCAUGGACGGAAACCCGCGGAGAAGAGCCCGAAAUGGGGACGGGAGACGGGUGGUGGAGGGGGUUUGAGGAGUCCACCGGCUGUUGUGAGAGAGGGGAUGGAUCCGCUGGUGAUACUGGGUAGGAAGGAGGUUGCGAUUCAGAGGGAGUUGCAGGAGAUCUUGGAUGCGCAGUCGGCGGGGUUGGUACAGGGUUUUGGGGGCGAGAGGAAAGGGAGUGUGGAUGGGUCGGAGGGAAGUGCGACGCCUACUUCGAGGAGUGGGUUGGGUGAGAGGAGGAGUAGGUCGAGGAGUGGGAAUGGGAAGGGGGUUGUGCCUGUGAGGCAGCCGAAGAAGAAGGUUGUUGGGCUUAGGAGUGCGAGGAGGGGGUUGUUGAGGGAUAUGGGGGAGCUUGUGGGAGUUAAGGAUGAGGAGAGUGGUAUUCUUGAUGUGGAGAUUGAGAGGAGGGAUAAAGUUCUUUUGAAAGUUGAGGUGUGGGAGAAGAGGAUUGAGGGCGCGAGACAACAGUUGAGUGGUGCUGCCAGUGGAGAGAAUGAGGACGCAGGGGAAGUUGCGAGAGAGCUUGAGGGUUUAAGGACCGAGGAACAGGCUAUGGAUUCUGAGAUCAGGGAGAUGGAAGACCGACUGGCACAGAUGAAAGCUAAGAAACGAUGGGUAGGAGAGCGGAUAAGCGAGGCUGUCAACAGACAAGAAGCUCGAUUGAGUAGCUACCGAGGGGCACUACGAGAAGCCGAGUCGGAAGUUAAACAAUUCCUCAAACGUCCUCCGGUCACGGUAUCAGCUAUCAUGGGCGAAGAGCAGGGCUUCAUGGCUUUACCCACUAAUCGGAGGACGUUGGGAAUGGCAAAGGAAUGGUGGAAUAAAGAAAUCUCUCAGCUAAGGACGCGCAAAGAGGAAGUGGAGAAGGAGAAAGUUGCGCUUGAGGAAGGAGCACAGUUAUGGCAAGAUUCUAUACAAGUGGUCACGGAAUUCGAAGACGAUUUGCGGAAGCAGAUGGCAGGCACCCCGGAUCCCUCAAUGCUGCAGACACAAAUCGAUAAAAUGGAACCUGUGAUUGGGAAGCUAUCAGAAGCUGUGAAGACCGCCGAGGAACGCGGGUGGAAUCUAUUAAUCUGUGCUAUCGGCGCUGAGUUAGCGGCAUUCAAAGAAGGCGAGGAGAUGUGGAGGGGCGUGCUGAGAACUAUCUCGGGAGUAGUCACUGAGAAACACGAUGAAAUACAACCCCCACCGAAGAGUGAGAGUCAUGGACUAGAAGAGAUGGAUGGACAAGUUGUUGCACGGGAGGAGAGCGAGGAUGAGGGUCCGGGUCCGGAGUUGUUACUUGAGGGGAAUGGAUUGCAGGAGAUGAACGGUCUUGGUCUUAAAGGUGGGAGGGAAGUUGAAGAUCCGCUGGAUAGUGAGGAUGAGGGGCCGAGUCCGGAGUUGUUGGUUGAGCCUGGUCAUUGA